ACGUUUGCCUUGCUGGCAGGUAUCACGUAUUAUUUUUGCGACGUCUGGCGCUUAUCGCCGGAAAUGCGACAACCGAAUGUGUAUUCAUUUUACAGUUAGCUGACUGCCUAACAUUUAGGGCCUUAUAUUUUUGUCAGUUAAUGUGACAAAUAACUUCAAACAAGCUCAACACAGUUUUCUCAGACACGGACAAAAGUGCGUUAAAGAGGAUUUUGUGAAUAUCGGUUCAAAACUAUAUUGUUGGCUUGUUAACGUUAGAUAUGUCGUUUUAUGGAGCUAGCUGGCUAAGCUAACAUAACGUUAGUUAUUGACAAGGCAGUAAUAGCUAUUUGAGAUUUUAUUUUUGACUGUUCUGAAUAAGAAGUAAUCUGUAGUAUUGCCUGGUUCAAGCAAGGCAAUAGCCUGGCCAGCUAGCUCUUUCUGCACCCAGAGCAGGGAAUUGGCUAUUAUCGACGGCUCUUAGCUAGCCGUAGCUAUUCUGUGCUAGGCCUCUUGACAGUAGUUAUUUCUGUCUUAGUGGUAGACUGUCGUUGUAGAGUUUGACAUGCUGGCCCCUCCAAUACCAACCAUCAUGCCAGCUCUUCUGGAGAGGCCCAAAUUGUCCAAUGCAAUGGCACGAGCAUUGCACAAGCAUAUAAUGAAAGAGAGGGAGAGAAAGCGACAAGAGGAAGAAGAAGUGGACAAGAUGAUGGAACAAAAACUUAAAGAAGAGGAAGAGAGAAAGCGGAAGAAAGAGAUGGAGGAGCGGAUGUCCUUAGAGGAGACCAAAGAACAGAUUAUGAAGAUGGGUGAGAAACUGCAGGGGCUUCAGGAGGAGAAACACCAGCUCUUCCUACAACUCAAGAAGGUCCUGCAUGAAGAGGAAAAGAGACGAAGAAAAGAGCAGAGUGACAUGACCACUUUAACUUCAGCCACAUACCAGCCCAACAUGGCCAUCCACUCAGGACAGCAUCUUUUGAGCAUGCAAGCGAGUCCAGUGAGUCACGGUCGACCGGGAGCACUCCUGGGAGAGAGGAGUAAGCAGCUCUUUCAGACUCCUAUCAUUCCGGGCCGACACUACCAGUCCCAACAGGGUUUCAGUGCGGGGACCUCAGAGCAUGCUCAGUACUCUGGAGUCCAGCCAGCCCAUGGGCCCUAUGGUGUGGCCCAGUCCCAACACGCGUCCCCCUUCACCCCCAGUCAACCGGUGCCUGUCAGCUAUGCCAGCAGUUCCCAGCUCAGAGGUGUGCUGUGCUCUGGCGCUGCGGCAUUUCCGACCAUGCCCUACUUGCCUCACCAGCAGCAAGGCCAUGCAGUAUACGGUCACUUUGUUUCUCAACCAGGUAUUUUCCCGAGUGCUGCAAUUCCUUUACAGAAACAGCUGGAGCAUGCGAACCAGCAGUCCGGCUUCACUGACUCUAGUACUUUGAGGACUAUGCCUCCUCAGGCUCUCCAUGCUAGUGCUGCUGGUUUGCUGCCUACCCCCUCCAUUGCAGUCCAGAUUCCAUCUGGCAAGACUGGACUGCCGUAUGCUCAUCCGCCAAGGCCAGCCUCCCCAGGAGCCUUCUCUCAUGGGACACCCCCACAACCUAGCCAUGCUGCUUCCUUUCAGAGUUCUCCUCAGCCCGGCCCACGAGCCGCAUACAUCCCUCACAGCCAGUCGGGUCAGAGGUUCUACCACCAUGGCAAGUAAGCCCAGACGCAAGGCCUCGUGCAACGGAGAUGGGAGUCAAGGUCCAAGCGAAACCUGCUCUCGGAUGUUCAGCUCCCCACUCAGGGUCAUUGUGUUGAAAAAGGUCAUGUGACUGGGUGACCUUCAUUAUCAGUCUGCACGAGCAUGGAACUCAACCCCCCCCUCUGUGGUUUUUACUCUUCAUGUUAAUGUACAGGGUAUAUGAUUUUACAUAAAAUGACAAAAGCAGGUCAUUUUUGGUUGUUUGAGAUGUAAUCAUAGUAGUCACAACCAUACCUAAUGCUAAUGAUGGGCUUGUGAUGGUUGCCUGAUGAAGUGCACCUUAAAAUCUGUUGCUUUUCUUAAGAGAAAUAGCCAGAUAGGCUUUUAUUGAGUGAAAAAAUGUUGAACUGCAUUUUUUUUUUUAAAUGAAUAUAUAAGAAAAAAACAUGUACGGAAAAAGAAAAACCCUUCUCAGGGCUUCAGCAGGUGUUUGGAUGUUAUGACAAAUGCCCUUACUUACUCCGUGAUGCACUUAUACACUAAUACCCACAGCACUCUCGCACACAACUUGUUCACACAAAUGCAAGUCUUUGUUACUGACAGACACAGAAACGCACACAUACACAUUUACAUGUAUGGACUGAUAUUUUCAUACAAUUAAAUGUUUGUAACAAGGUCUUUUUAAAUUAUAUUGAAAAAUUUCUACUAAUUAUGGAGAUCACAUGAAAAUGAAAUUUAUUUUCGCCAAAUGUAUCUCAAAAAAUAAAUCAUACAUUUAACUGA